GAGAGCUGACAAGACCUCGUCCUCAUCUUUACUGAAACCCACCCAGAUAUCAAGAAAUAAGGAUUACCUUAUACCAUGGAUUCUCAAAUUGCAAAGAAAAAUCAAAGCCUCACCACAGCUGAGGAUAUGAGAAACCAAACCAAGCUUGUGAUGCAGCCAUAUGCCAACUGGGAGGAAUAUCUGACUCCUGCGCCACUUUCCAUAGCCAUCCUGGGAGAGUUGGUCUUCAUUUCCUCUAGUACAGAUUUCUCCAUCAACAAGAACCCACCUAAAGGUGGCUAUAAGUACAUCAGAUACCCAGAUUCAUUUCGUGCCUGCCUCAUGCAAGUGUGCAAUUCUGGCUGGGGGGCUUUCAAUGAGGCCCAUAAGAACAUGGAUCAGAUUAGACUCCACACCAUGGCGGUUCCAGAUUACAUGAAGACAGCUGUGAAGAUCCUGUUCCAAGACAAUAAUGAGGUUGUUCAAGCCCACCUCCCUGACCAGCUAGAGAACAUUCGUGUCAUUGCAGAUGACUGUCUUGAGCUGGCCGAUUUAACAGAAAAGAAAUUUACCGAUGUCAUCAAUAUUAUCCAAGAAUUGUUGGAAGCUUGUUUAAAUGCUCAGUUCUUCUAUGGCGAGGAGCUGGAUGCUAUCAAGAAGAAAUUGGAUGAGGCCAAACUGAGGAAAGAGUCAUCAGAAGAAGCCAUGAAACGCUCAAAAAAGGCAAUAAAAACCAUGGGAGAGCAACUGAAGGAAGCACAAGAAAGUUAUAAGAAAGCAAUGGAUUCACUUCCCAGUGGAUGGGACAUGUUAGCUAUGGAUUUUGUUGGGAGCCUGACUGAGAGCAUCACAGCUGUUGUUAAUGGAUUAACAGCUGUGAUUACCAACCCUGCAACCCAAACCCAAGCUUCCACGACAUUUUCUAAAACAAUGCACUUUAUUAAAGAAUUCAACAGACCAAAAGUUGAUGACGUUGAUUUAAUUAAUAUUUAUAGCAAGUCUGCAGAAAUCCUGAAGUGCACAGAGAAUGUUCAAAGGUUUGUUGAGAACAACACAAUUAACUGGAAAGACUUGUAUGAUCAAAAGAAGAAAGGUACAGUAACAGACUUUCAGGCAGAUCAGUUCAGGAGGAUCAGGGAAAGUUUAAAAAAAAGCCCAAACUGUGGUGAUAAAAUGUGUGCCGAAAGAUUAUGUGAUGAGGGCAUUGCAAUCUGUAAAGACAUAUCAAAGUAUGCACCAGAGGGGAAAUGUGAAGAUGCAAAAACACAGAAGCUGAUUGAAAGCAUCAGAAAUCUGACUGUCUCAGCUCAAACUUUCGACUGCAAAAGCAAAGACAUCACAAAGUCUCCUGCACUGGCUCCCAAACCACCAAUGAUGUACAAAGAAGAAAGUAAAUCUGGAAAGAUGAGGGCUUCUCAAAGAGAAUCAGACAAUGCCAGAUUCCGCAUCGAGCAGAGCCGUGCUCAACUGGACAAGACCAGAGAGACUUAUGAAAAGAGUGUUGAGAACAUGGAGAAAAACCAAAAGGAGCUGACUGAAAUCUUAAUCACCAUGAGGAACUGUGAGGUCAAAGAGAUUGACUUUAAGACCACCAUACAAAUGCUGGUCAAAGGUAUGGAUGCCAUGGGGAGAGUGAAGGAGCAGUGGGAAAAGAUGGUACGCUUCUUUCAGAUGGUGUCCAACAUUGUGAAAACCAGCCUGACCAGAACCCUUAAGGACUUUGUUUCCACAUCCGAGAAAACACAAACACUUUCCUACAAUGCAAAGCUCUUCUCCAAAGAUCUGCUCUACACUCAAGCCUUUCAAGCCACUAACAUUGCCAGCCUUGUCAAUAUGAUUUCAGCAACCUACACUGAGGUGUCCACCAAGUACAUCAUGGAUCGUGUCAGCUCUCUGGGAAAACUGAUGGCCAUGGACAAGGACAAGCCUGAGUUUCGUUCAGAGCGCCAGAAGUUACAGAACUCCUGCGAUGAAGCUCAGAAAGCCAUUUUACACCUUGUCCUUAAGAAUAAGCAGGAGUUUGAAAGAAAAAGUCUUGCAAGACUGGAUAAGAUUGAUAACGAGCUGCUCGCCAUUCUCCCUGCUGCUGCUCCAGAACAGCUAAAAAACAUUCAAGCAGCUGUUGAAAAAGGAUUCUCAGAUGAAGAGGCAGCAGAGUAUUUCUGA